AGGCCAGGAUUCAAGGGAGCUGUAGUCGCUUUAUGUGUGAUUAUUAAAUUGAGCGAAUUAGGCAUCAGAUUUUCAUUAGACAGAAGACGUUACAUCCAGGGCUUUAGAAAGAGUUAGAACAAACAAAACAAACGCCUCUUUACGUCUAAGCAUCGAGCAGAUAUUUUUUAAUUAAACGAAAACCAAUUAAUGUGGCAGAGCCUCUUGGUUCUGAAGGUGCCUCGGAUUAAACACACUGGAGCAUUAAACUAUCCAACGCAGAUAAAUAAGAAUUAAACGCACGAGUUCACAAAUGUUAUGGUCGUUCACUGAUUUAUGAUGAUUUUCAUAUUCACAGGCCUCCACUACUUCCCAUCAUUUGUAGGGUUUUCUUUUUUUCUUUUUUGACCAGAGAGCCAUAUCAGGCACAUCCACAGAAACACGUCCCACAGGAACCUAUUACCAUCCUCUACAUAUGCACGAGUUUGAAUAGGCCGUCUAUCAUCCUCACAGAGGGACGUGCAGCUUUUCCAACAACUUUAACAGCUUGUCAUGAAAGGUGCACAUGGGGAUUUCAAUUACGCAGGUCAUCAGAGACUGAGUGAACACUAUUUGGGUCAUGGGCAUUUCCCAUAUUCAAUAUUGGCACAUACAUCCAGUCUUUGGGACCGGUUAUUAAAAAGCUUUUAGUAAAGCAAUGCAACAAAAACCUGGCAGAAAAGUGUAUCAAAGGAGUUGUUGGAAAUACACAAAGGACAACAUGGACAGAACUGGGGAGGAUUAGAUCGAAUGUUUAUAAUGUAGGUUUGUCUGUGGAGCGCUCUGCCUUCAUGGGUUUAUACAGCCCUAACAGUGUGGACCCCAGCCCAUAAUCCUUCUGCAGACAGAAGACAGACUCCAAAGGAGGUCUUGAGAAAAUAAAUGUAUAAAUAAGUCUUUGUGAGCUGGUGUUGGUUCAUCAAAGAAAACAUAAGAACUGAAACGGUUUAGGACGUUACAACAAACCAUGUUGGAUCAGUGGGUUUGUCUGUGGAGUCCUCCCUCCAGAGGUUUAUUUAGGCCUAACAGUGGUGACCCCAGCCCAUAAUCCUGCUGCAGACACACCUGUAGAGAGGUGUAUAAAGAGCCUGGACAGCAGUGGAUCCAGCACAGAUCAUCAGGAGUCUCUCCACAGUAGAUCUCCACACAAGGUCCAGAUCAAUCCUGAAGAUGACUCCCACUGUCAGUCUGCUGAUGCUGCUGCUGCUGCUCGGCCUCUCUCAGGCUCAUCCUCUCCAGGAUGAAGGAAAUGAAGAAGAAGUCACAGACGACGUUGACAUCAGCACCAGGAUUCUGACCUCCAACAAUGCCACAGAUGAGAUCCUUCUGGAAGGAGACCUGCUGGCUCCCAGAACCAGAAACGCCAUGAGGUGCUGGUCUCAGAGCUGCCAGUGGAGGAAAGGUUCCAAUGGUCUGGUGACCAUCCCCUUCACUGUGAGCAGUGAGUUCACCAGCUGGGAAAGGCAGAAGAUCCAGUACGCCAUGAACGUCUACCACAGCAAGACCUGCCUCCGCUUCGUCCCCCGUCAGAGCGAGUACGACUACAUCAGCAUUGAGAACAGAGCUGGAUGUUUCUCUGCUCUGGGCAGAGAGGGAGGAAGACAGGUGCUCUCUCUCAACAAACAGGGCUGCCUCUACCACGGCAUCAUCCAGCACGAGAUCAACCACGCUCUGGGCUUCCAGCACGAGCAGACCAGGAGCGACAGAGACUACUACGUCAGGAUCAACUGGGAGAACAUCAACCCACAGAUGGCCUACAACUUCUACAAGCAGUCCACCAACAACCUGAACACUCCCUACGACUACUCCUCCAUCAUGCACUAUGGAAGAACAGCCUUCUCCAUCCAGUACGGCAGAGACAGCAUCACCCCCAUCCCUGACGCCAACGUCCAGAUCGGCCAGAGACGGGGCAUGUCCUACUGGGACAUCAUGAGGAUCAACCUUCUCUACGGAUGCUAA